AUGGAAGAGAAAAGAACUCCUAGUGCUAACAAUGGCCUCCUACAUAAUAUUCCUGAGGUGAUAGACCCAGGUAUUACCAUUCCUAUUUACGACGACGACGAAUUAGACACACAACAAACUCAAAAAUUGGGCUCAUAUCGAGCUCGUGCAGGUAAGUUCUCCAACACAUUAAGUAAUUUAUUGCCCUCCAUUAGUGCUAAGUUGCAUCAUUCCAAGAAAAAUGGAACAGUACAUGGUAAAAAUGGGGAAUUUUCACCAACAAACAGCAGUUCCGGGUCCACGGUAGAUUUGAAAGCUCAACAAGUAAGUCCUUUGAAACCAAUGAAAAAUUUCACUGCCACUACUACUGGAAACUUAUCAGAUUUGACGCCUCCACAAGAAAAUGGGAAGUUAGUUCAUUUUCCCGAUACAACUAAUUACAUGUUGAACCCACCCAGGUCUUCUAAUGAUUCAUUUCAAUUUAAUAGGUCCAGAAACAAUACCGUUUCAUCUCAAAUUACAUCAUUAUCAUCAUUACAACCAAAUACACAAACAAAUGCAAAUAAUUUAUGGACUUCUGUUUCCAAUCCUCCAGAGGCCAUGCAGCAACAACAAAUGCUUCAACAAUUUAAUAGUAAUAACAAUCCAAAUAUUUUGGGCAUGUCGAACCUGAAUACAAUUACCCCCGUGCCUAGUUAUUAUGAGCCAUCCCUAUCACAACAAAAAUCAGAAACAUUGAAUAAUACUUUAACCGUCCCAUCUUCCAAUGUUUGGGGUAAUAAUAGACAAAGAUCACAUUCAAAUACAUCCAGUUUAUACGUGGACGCACAAUUUUACGAUCAAGAAGCAAGAUCCAGAGCAACUUCCAGUUAUACUAUUUCACAACAACCAUUAAGUCAAGAAUUUCCUUCCGUGGGCGAUGAAGUUGACCCAAGAGCCAUUAAUUGGGUCUCAAUGGAGACUACCGUGCCAACCAUAAAUCAAAUAAAUAACCUAUUGCCAACUAAUACAAUCACGAUUUCCAACGUUUUCCCACUGCAACAACAACAACCACAAUUAAAUAACACUAUCAAUUUAACAAGUACCUCAUUGGCUACAUUAUGCUCCAAAUAUGGUGAGGUUAUCUCAUCACGAACUUUUAAAGGAUUGAAUAUUGCUCUUGUAGAAUUUGCAAACGUGGAAAGUGCAAUGCGUGCUAAGCAAGAUUUGCAAGGUAAAGACGUUUCGGUCAUUGGAACCCCAAGUAACGUUUCAUUUGCUAAGAUAUUACCCAUGCAUCAUUUUAACCAGCAGCAACAGCAAUUACAACAAUCAAGAACGGCCGAUCAAUCACAACAACCCCAACCUUUAUUACAAGAACAAUUAUACAAUGGGUCCGUCACGUUCCAGCAACAAGGGAAUGUAUCUGUCCCUGUAUUUAAACAAUAUUCUCAAUACCAACAACCUUUUGUCAAUGUAUCUAAUUCUACUGGGAACACUUAUUCCUAUCCAACUCAUGCAACGUCGCAUGGAGGAAGUUCAUCUAAUGGCGGAACUGCAACCACUGCAACAAAUGAAAAGGAGCAAUGUCCAUUCCCAUUACCACCUCCCAAAUUAUCCACUCAGAAAUCAAAAUUAGAGGAUAUUAUUCAUUCAUUUGAUACCAAGGCAGAUAGACUCCAGCUUGAAGCAUUAAUUAAUAAUGGUAUUAACUAUAAGGGGACAAAUGAUACAAUGAAUUUUGGACCUUUACCAGAACCAUUAACCUCUAAGGAUUUUGAUGCUCCCAAGUUAAGAGAAUUAAGAAAAAAUAUUGAUGCCAAUACUGUCUCGGAUUUAGAAUUGGAACAAUUAGCAUUGUGUAUGCUUGAUGAAUUACCUGAAUUAAGUUCCGAUUAUCUUGGUAACACCAUUGUUCAAAAAUUAUUUGAAAAAUCCUCUGAUAUUGUGAAAGAUAUAAUGUUAAGGAAAACAAGUAAAUAUCUAACAUCAAUGGGGGUUCAUAAGAAUGGUACAUGGGCAUGUCAGAAGAUGAUCACUAUGGCAAAGACACCAAGACAAAUUAAGUUAGUCUCGGAAGGUGUUAACGAUUACUGCACGCCUUUGUUUAAUGAUCAAUUUGGUAAUUAUGUCAUUCAAUGUGUUUUAAAAUUUGGAUUCCCCUGGAAUGAUUUUAUAUUUCAAAGUAUCAUUUCUAAUUUCUGGAUCGUUGUGCAAAAUAGAUACGGGGCACGUGCUGUAAGAGCCUGUCUUGAGGCACACGAUAUAGUGACCACCGAACAAACAUUGGUCCUAAGUGCAAUGAUUGUUUGUUAUUCAGAGUAUUUGGCAAGUAAUAAUAAUGGAACUUUAUUAUUGACGUGGUUCUUAGACACUUGUGUAUUACCAAAUAGACACUCCAUUUUGGCUAAGCGUUUAUUGCCCAAUAUAGUUGAUCUUUGUCGUCAUAGAUUGGCUUCAUUGACCGUUCUCAAGAUUCUAAAUUAUAGAGGGGAUGAUGAGGCAAGAAAGAUCUUAUUUGAAGAAAUAUUUGGUAAACUGGAUUCUAAGGAACCUCCAAAGGUUUUAACACAAAUUCUUACAGAUGCGAAUUAUGGUCCCACCUUUAUUUAUAAGAUUCUUUCCAUGCCAUUACUAGAAGAUGAAAUCAGAUCCCAUGUGAUAAAACAGGUAAGAAAAAUCUUGAUGGAACAUGGUUUAAGCCAACAACAACAUCGCAGAUUAAUGGAAGAAGUUGGAUUGGCACCAACGAGUGCCUCAAUGCAACAAGGUGGUGGUGGUAGUGGAAGUCAUCGUAAAAGCAGUCUUUCCCAUCUAGGCGUCUACAAUCCGGCAGAUGCGAACCCCAGUCAUAUGAGAGGGAUGUCAGUGUCGAGUGUAAGGAGUAAUGGUUCUAGGCACAACACUCAAGUUCCAAUUCCCCAGGGAGCAAUUCAACAACAGCAAUCUCAACAACAGCCUGUUCCUAUUCCAAGUAUAGUCCAACAACCAAUGAACAAUGCAUCAACUAAUAGUAUAAAUGCUGGAUAUUACAAUUACCCUGGAAUGUUUCCUGGAAGCUUUGGUCCUCCUACAGGUAUGAAUGGUGCUUACCCGAUGAACACGGACGAUUUAAGUUCACAGUUCGAUAUGUUGGCAUUAAACAAUGGGACCCAUUUAUCGCUACCGCAACUAAGUGUCACAAACCAAAAUAACAACACAACCAAUCUUUUGAAUAAGACUAACAGUGCGACGUACAGAUCCUAA